UGGUAAGUUAAACUUUGUGAGAUGGAAAAUUUUAAGGUUUAUGCUUUUGGUGUGGUUUUCUCUUUGUUUCUUUAUUUUCAAUUUCCCAAUCACUUUGGAAAUGGAGUUGGGGCAGAAAAUGUUGGAGCAUCCUUAAAUGGAUCAAAACCUUGGGGUUUUGUUGACGUUAGACCAGGUGCACACAUGUUUUGGUGGCUCCAAAAAAGUCCAUACAGAGUCAACGACCCAAACAAGCCAUGGCCAAUUAUUCUCUGGUUGCACAGUGGACCAGGAGCUUCUGGAACGGGAUUUGGCAAUUUUCUAGAGAUCGGACCUUUUGAUGCCAAUCUGAAGCCACGAAUUUCAACUUGGUUAAAAAAAGCCGAUCUACUAUUUGUGGAUUCUCCAGUUGGAGUUGGAUAUAGUUAUGUUGAUGACAUUGGGCUAUUGACCAAGACUGAUUCACAAGCAGUAUCAGACUUAACCACUUUGUUGAUAGAAGUUUUCAUGAGGAACUUGACUUUAGCAAAUAGUACCUUGUACAUAAUAGGAGAGUCUUAUGGAGCAAAGUUAGCUGUUUCUCUUGGACUGUCGGUCCUUAAUGCAACUCAGGCGAAAAGGUUGUCGGUCAAUCUCGGGGGAGUGACAUUAGGUAGUAGUUGGAUUUCUCCUGAAGACUAUGUGGUUUCAUGGGGGCCUCUGCUGCAAACUUUCUCAAGAAUUGAUGACAUUGAUCUCGAAAAAGUGAACAGUUUGGCUAAUCAAAUCAAGCAGAAAAUUGGUGAAGGCAACUUUGUAGGGGCAGCUGAGUUAUAUUUGCCAAUUCGAGGAGUCAUAGGGAACUACAGCAACGAAGUGGAUUUAUAUAACCUUUUGGAAGAUUCUAUGGACUCCACGGUAUCAUCUACCACAGCCUCAACAACUCUUAACAACGUAAUGAAUGGAGUGAUCAAGAAAAUCUUACGACUCCCUGAAAAUAUUUCGUGGGUAGGGGUGUCUCUUCCUGUUUUUAGCAAUAUGUCCACCGACUUCAUGAAACCAAGAAUUGACGAGGUUGAUCAACUAUUGGAUAAAGAAGUUGACGUGACUAUUUACAAUGGACAAGUUGAUCUCAUUUGUGGCCCUACAGCAACUAAAGCAUGGAUUCAAAAGCUCAAGUGGCCGGGAUUGAAGGCAUAUUUGAACACAAGCAGAACUCCACUAUAUUGUUGUGGCAGUAACAAAACGAGGGGUUUCUUAAAGUCAUACAUGAACUUUCAUUUCUAUACUAUCCUUGGAGCUGGUCACUUUGUUCCAGCGGACCAGCCAGACAUAACAUUACAGAUGGU